CAGAAGACACAUUACCUGACAUCCAAAUUAUCUACCCGUUCGUGCUAAGUAAGCAAGGUUUUCUAUUGGUGCCGCCAUUUCCACGCCACCGGUUCGUAAACCAAUUACGCCGAAAUCCUGGUGUCCAGACUCUUUAUUAGAGGGUCUCUAGCUCGAGCCUAAAGUCCCUGAAUUUAUAAAAUAUCGCAAUCCAUAAGCAGAGAGAAGAAGGUGAGGUGUCACGGGCCGCUUUUAGUCGAGCCUAGAGUGCCUCUAAUCAGAGUGGCGACAAGUUGGAAGGUCCGCCAUGUUUUAUCGAAAUCAGGUGUGUUCAGACAUACGCCGUCAGUACUGAAAAUCUAUGAAAUGUACAAUUUAUGAACUGACCGUAAAUAUCGGAACAUAGUGCAAAAAGUAACACAAACAUUCGUAUAACCUGUAAGCGUUUGAUAACUGUUUAUAUUUUCGUUUUUAUAGUUUUUAUAGUUUCGUUAAUUAUUGCAAAAUGGUUGGAUGUACCAUACCAUUUUGCAACAAUUCCUCAGAAAAGGGAUAUAUUCUGAAAAUAAUCCCGAGAGAUGAUGAACGUCGACGAUAAUGGAUAGAACGUAUAAAUACAAAGUAUAAUUGGACGCCAGCAAAACAUUCAUGUGUAUGCGAGGUACACUUUCAACCUGAAAUGUGGGAACAGAGGAGCGAUAAGAAAAGAAAAUUGAAACAUAACGCAGUACCUACAAUUUUUGAAUAUUUUGUAAAGAAACAAAUUCCUGUUACGAUACCUAAUACCAUUGAGGAAACACAGCAGCCCGUUUAUGAAAAACAUAUAGCAGUAAAUGAGAAACAGACGGUUAUAAAUGACAUAGUUGAACCUGCUCCUGCUCCUACUACAUCAUUGUUAAAUGAUAUAGAACACAUUGAAGUAAAUGAGAAACAGAUGGUUAUAAAUGACACUGUUGAACCUGCUCCUGUCCUAACUAUAUCAUCGUUAAAGGAUAAAGUGUGUACUUCACCUGCUAGCGAUACAAAAGAGAAAAUUGCUAAUAAGAAGCUGGAAGAAAGAAAUGAAAAACUGCAACAACGUAUAAUGCUCUUACGUAAACAGAAUAAGGUAUUGCGUUCACAAAUACAAUCACUCCAAAAGAGCGAUACGAAUAAUAAAUACAAACAAGUAUUAAAGAAGGUAUUCCACGAAGAUCAAAUAAAAGCGUUAUUAACAAAACACCGAAGUACAAAAUGUUGGUCUAAUAUAACUGUUCAACGUGCACUUAAGUUAAGGUUUGCGUGUGGUAUAACUGGAUAUGAAGAAUUUCUGCAACAAAAAAUACAUCUUCCAAGUUUGCGCAUUUUACAACGACGAAUAGAAAAUUUAAAAUUUGAGAGUGGUAUUUCAAAUGACAUGUUUCACUUUUUACAAAUGAAAGUGAGUACAUUUCAAAAUGAUACCGACAGAGAAUGUGGACUCGUUCUUGAUGAGAUGAAUAUAACACCUAAACAUGUGUAUGAUUCAUCAACAAAGACAUUACUUCGAAAUAUAACGCUGCCACAUGAACAAGGUACAGCAACGCAUGCUUUGAUAUUUAUGCUAACUGAUACAGUUAGUCGAUGGAAGCAUAUCAUAGGUUACUAUUAUACAGGUGGCUCCUUUAAUGGGGAAACUAUGAAAGACAUAAUAUUUCAGAUAAUUAAAAAAGCUGAGGACAUUGGUCUUCAUGUCAAUUACGUAACUUCUGUCAUGGGUCCAGGAAAUGAUAAGAUAUGGAAAUGUUAUGGAAUAAAUGUGGGACGGUAUUCUAGUGUUAAAAAUUAUAUACCUCAUCCUUCUAAUCCCGAUAGAGUCCUAUAUUUUAUUGCAGAUGUGCCACAUCUUUUGAAAAAUUUAAAAGAAUCAUUGUUUUCAAAUCAAUUUUUUCUGUUGCCGGAGCAAAUCGUUACCAAAUAUAACUUACCAUCAAAUAGAGUUGAAAGUGCACAUUUUAAUGACUUAAUUGAAUCUCAAAAGGACUUAGAAUUUUACCUAACACCUAAAUUACGUCACGAUGAUAUUCAUUGUACUAACACUUAUAAUAAAAUGCGUGUCAAUAAAGUACGGUCUGUUCUCUCAACCUAUGUCAGUAGUUCUUUAGAAUUUUUAGCCAAAGAGAAUCAGAAACCAGAGUUAUAUACUACCGCGUGGUUUGUGAAACAAAUGUCCAGGUGGUUCUCAUUGAUGACUUCUAGGUCAUGUUGUUUAGCUUUAGGUUUAAAAAACAUUGACAUAUACAAUGACAGUAUUUCUUUCUUACGUGAAGUAAUUGAGCUAUUUACCAACAUAAAAAUAGGUAAUAAAGGAGUAUUUAAACCUGUACAAAGAGGAAUUAUACUUUCCACUACAUCAGUUAUUGACUUAGUUGAAUUUUUGUUAAACGAGCGCAACUUUAAAUUUGUUUCGACAGAUCGUUUUACGCAGGACUGCGUUGAAAAUGUAUUCUCAGUUUUGCGACAAAGACAUGUGAUUUCAGAUGCUUUACAAUUUAAAAAUAAUUUAAAACUGGUUGCCAUAUCCAUGUUUACAAAACCAAUAUUGACAGGAAACUAUGAGAUUGAUGAUAGCGAAUAUCUUCCUGGUUCUAUAGAUUAUUUAACAUCUAAAAAAAAUAAUGUAUCUCAGCCGUUUGUAUCUGAUGCAUCUACAAUUGUAGAGAACAUUCCUCCUUUUGACAUAAGCGUAGUGACAGAAUAUAAUAAUAUAUAGAUGAAUUGUUUAUACAACGUUGCAGGAUAUUGUUUGUCAUCUAUAAUAAAAAUAUGUAGGACAUGCAAUACUUGUGUGCGAUCUGUCGUUUCAAAAAAACCACAAACUUUUCAAUACUCGGAAUUUGUGAGAAUUAGAUGUUAUAAUACUAAUACCUUAUAUUUUGUUAAUAAGCCAACA